AUGAAAAAUUGGUCAUUUUCUUCACAAUUGAGAUGGUCCCCAUAUGAUUUUGCUUUGAGCCUGCAAAAAUGCUUGAAAACAAAAGCCUUGAGACCCGGCAUGCAGGUCCAUGCCAUGUUGCUAACGAGUGGAAUGAACAUGAACAUCUUGUCUUUAAGUUCAAAGCUAGUUGGGAUGUAUGCUAGUUGUGCGGACCUGAAAUCAGCAAGGCUUUUGUUUCAAAAUAUUGAACAACCUAAUGUUUUUGCAUUCAAUUGGAUGGUUUUGGGUUUGGCAUAUAAUGGGUACUAUGAUGAUGCAUUGUUGUACUUUCGUUGGAUGCGUGAGAUUGGGCACAUGGGUAAUAAGUUCACCUUUUCCACUGUUCUUAAAGCCUGUGUUGGUUUAAUGGAUGUAAACAAGGGGAGACAGGUUCAUGCAAUGAUAUUUGAAAUGGGUUUUCAUAAUGAAGUCUCCGUUGCCAAUGCUCUGAUAGAUAUGUAUGGAAAAUGUGGAGGCCUUUCUCAUGCUCGUCGUGUGUUUGAUAGAAUGCCUGAUAGAGAUGUUGCCUCAUGGACAUCAAUGAUUUCUGGGUUUUGUAACAUAGGGAAAAUUGAGCAAGCGCUGGUGUUUUUUGAGAGGAUGAAGUUGGAAGGAUUAGAGCCAAAUUAUUUCACAUGGAAUGCUAUAAUCUCUGCAUAUGCUCGUUCAAGAGAUAGUAACAAAGCUUUUGCUUUCAUAGAGAGAAUGAAAAAAGAAGGUUUUGUUCUUGAUCUGGUUGCAUGGAAUGCAUUAAUUUCUGGCUUCGUACAAAAUGAUCUAGUCAGGGAAGCAUUUAAGUUGUUUCAGCAGAUGCUACUUUCAAGGAUUGAACCCAAUCAAGUAACUAUUGCAGCGCUGCUUCCUGCAUGUGGAUCAACAGGUUCUAUUAAAGGGGGAAGAGAAAUUCAUGGAUUUAUAUGUCGGAAGGGGUUUGAUGUCAAUGUUUUCAUUGCAAGUGCUCUAAUUGACAUGUAUUCAAAGUGUGGGAGCUCAAAAGAUGCUCGAAAUGUAUUUGACAAGAUUCCAUGUAAGAAUGUUGCAUCAUGGAAUGCAAUGAUUGAUUGCUAUGGGAAGUGCGGCAUGGUUGAUUCCUCCAUGGAGCUGUUUAAAAAAAUGUACGAAGAAGGACUGCAGCCAAAUGAAGUUACUUUUACAUGUAUUCUUUCAGCAUGCAGCCAUAGUGGUUCAGUGCAAAAAGGUUUAGAGAUAUUCAUAUCAAUGAAAGAAUGUUAUGGGAUUGAGAUAAGCAUGCAGCACUAUGCUUGUGUUGUUGAUCUCUUAUGUCGUUCAGGAAAGACAGUAGAAGCAUAUGAAUUUCUCAAGGCCAUGCCAAUACAAGUCACAGAGUCUAUUGCCGGAGCUUUUCUACAUGCGUGCAGAGUCCAUGGGAGAAGAGAUUUGGCUAAAAUGAUGGCAGAGGAAAUAAUGAGAAUGCAGUUCAAAGGACCAGGUGGCUUUGUUACUCUAUCAAAUAUUUAUGCUGCUGAUGGUGACUGGGAAGAGGUUGGGAAUGUAAGGAAGGAGAUGAAGGAGAGAAAUGUCCAUAAGUGGCCUGGUUCUAGUUGGCUUGAAAAGCAAAGUGAGAUUCUUGAAGGGAAGAAAGAUAAAGUUGGGAACAAUAUGGCCAGUUGAUUGUAUAAGUGACAUUAUAUAAUAUGAUUGGUCAUUUAGUCUUUCACAUUAGCUGCAAAUAUAUCACUAAGUCUGAUGUGGGUUUGGAGUUUAUAUAUUUCUACAGGAAGAGCUACUCAACUCAUUUUGGGUUCAUCUACUAAUUCUUUACUAACUUUUUUUAUACAAGUAACCGAAGU